AGUUUCAAUAAUACUGAUAAGCUUUUAAUAAUGUUUCAUUCCAUGUUGACAAAAGUUUAAUCUAAUGUCUUUCAAAUCACAAUAUCUUAAGUAAAUAUACACCAGCUGAAACAAACAUAAUGCCGGCAAAAUCAACAAAAACCUACAAUCUGUACAAAUGCUGGAUUUUUAUUGUAAGCCUUAAAUAUUCUUCACUUGUGAUUUUUUUUUUAACUGUAUUAAAACAUACCUCAAAAUGGUUUAUUCCAAGGGAUUCAUUUCAAGUGUUUUGUGUUAAGCAAAUAUUAAGAGUAUGUUUGUACAAUGGGAUAAGAUACAAUAAAACUAUAGUGGCGUAUUAGAAACAGGCAAUUUAUUACAUACACUUUGGGUGAAAAAAUAAAUCCCAGAGCUACUUUGUUUGAUGAACAAAUAGUAGUUUACCAGAUAACUGAUCUGCUACUUGUGGAAAUUGUGAAAAUUAAGUAAGAUGAGGAACAAUUUUUAGAAAUUCAAAAAAUCAAAAUGAAGAUGGGGAAAAAACAAAUGAAUCUACAUGGAAAAAAGGUUAGUGUACAAAAAAAAUGGAAAUCACAAACUUGAUCAGAUUUGUACCAGAAGGAUGUGAAAAUGAUGUUGUCAAACAAAAGAAGCAAGUAAACAAGGAAAGUCUUACUGGGGAGGAAGCCAAGUCGUUCUAUGAAGAUUUGAUCAAAGAUGAUACUGAAUCAGAACAGACUAGAAAAAGGAACAGGAAAGGAAAAAGAAAUUCCAAAGAAAAAAGCAAAGAUGGAAUGAAAAUUAACUUAAAGAAGAAACAUACAAUUACAUUGUGUGAUACAUAUAAUGCAUUAGAACAGAAGAAAGUAACCGAAGAAAUUGUUGAGAUAAAACAAGAACUUGAUGAGCCAAGUUUUGGCUGUGACAGUUUUGAUGGUGGUAUUGAAAAACUGAAAGAAAAGAGAAAGGUUGAUGACUCCUUAGUUAAUAAAAGUAUUCAAAUGCAUAUGCUUAAGUGUGCUCAAAAUGGUGAUUUGCCUGGACUUAAGAAGUUGUUCAAGAAUGAAAAGGAUUUAGAUGUUGAUUUUCAAGAUGGAUAUGGAUGGACUGCACUCAUGUGUGCAGCAGUUUCUAGGCAUAUAGACGUGAUAAAGUACCUUAUAUCUGUGGGUGCAAACAAAUAUAUUUUGAAUAAUAAAGAAAAAACGGUUUUAGAAAUAUGUGAAGAAGUUGGUGCAAUAGAUGCUAAAAUUGUAAUAAAUACUUUUACUGGACGCUCAGAUGAAAAACCUGCAGUUAAUAAGAAUGUAACCUUUUUCUGUGAUGUAUGUAAAAGUGAGUUCAGUGAAUGUACAAAAGAAAAACAUGAAACUUCCACUGUUCAUCUGUUCAGCUUGAGGUUGAAACCUAAACCAGAUCAAUUUUCUAUACCAGAGAGCAAUCGUGGUUUUCAGCUGAUGAGAAAGUCUGGCUGGGAUGGAUGUAAAGGGCUUGGACCUGAAGGUCAAGGUACUAAAUAUCCAGUGAAAACCACACUUAAAAGAGACAGAUUAUGUUUAGGUUCUGAAGUUAAAGAAAAAGCAAAAGUUACCCAUUUUGGACCUAAAGAUUUAGAAGCAGUGAAAACAGUUCAUAAACAUUCACAGAGAGUUAUGUCAGCUAGAACUGUAGCAAAAAGAGAAAGGAUUAGAAGAGAGAAAAGAGACAAACAAUGGGAGAGAAAUUUAAGAACUUACAUGAAUAUUGAUAGCCCAUAUUUGUAAUAUGCAUGCAUUAUGCAUAUGGUGAAAACAUACACUGUGAUACAUACAAAAAUUUUAAGACCAUCCUGCAUUGAUGUGGCAAUAGUCUUGUUUUAAUACUUAUUCCUACAUUUUGUUUUUAUUCUGAAUAUUAGUUAGUAAUAUUUUAAAAAAGUGCAUGGAUAAGGUCAUUCUCUUGAUAUCGGCAUCAGUUUUAUAUUCCAUCAUUCAUGAAAAGAUAAUAUGAUAAUCCUUAUUUAGUACUGUACCAGUAUAUAUGAAUAUACAAUGUAUAUAUAUAUUGUAACACGCUCAUGUCUGUGUUUACUGACUAAAUUCAUAAAUCUUCAUUUUCCGAUUAACUUAUUAAUUAUUAAUAAUUAAAAUGUCCUUAAGUAAGAU